AUGUUAGCAGAUGGAUUUCAGGUGGAGACGUGCUCAGCCUCAGAUGACCAGAAAGUGCAGUACAUCGAAUCAGAACUCGUGGGUCUUUCCAACUGGGCCAUUGCGGAGGAUGUGAACGAGGCCAUGGAGCUGGUUACAGGAGAAUUGGAAGCUGAGUACGAGGUCAUUGAGAGCGACGGACUGACCAUUGGAACAAAGUCAUGGACCGAUCGUCUGCAGCAGGUGGGAGAGAACGCAGCCGAAUUGGCGGGGAAAUCUGCGGCCAAGAAAGUCUCCAAGAAGUUCUUAAGCACCUUUGGUCGAAUGAGCAGUCCAUGUUGUAUACAUAUUGUAAUAUAUAUAUAUAUAUUAUAUAAUAUAUAUAUAUAUAUUUGUAUAAUCUUGUAUGCACGCAGCAUUUGUGCCUUCUUUUUUCCUGGGAAGGGUUGGGAUUUUUCUUCAGGCGAGUUGAAGCAGGCUAUACACCUGCAGCUGCCACUCAUUCCCGCUGAGGUACAAUUCCUUUUGCUGGUGGAAUCUUGA